AUGCUUCGAAUCAAGCAAAACUCUGCUCUUUCUACACAACAGCCAGAACAACAAUUCGUGCCAUUGAAACAAGUAAAUGUCGAAGCCUACAUUAGAGCGUUUGCUGCCGAUGUUACUAUCAAACAAGUUUUUCGUAACAAUGAAACGAAACCAAUCGAAGCAGUGUAUUGUUUUCCGAUAGAAGAACAAGCAGCAAUCUAUUCAUUUGUGGCUCGAAUUGAUGAUCGAGAAAUUGUUGCACAAUUGAAAGAAAAAAAAGAAGCACAACGAGAAUACAGUGAUGCUCUUCAACAAGGUCAUGGUGCAUAUUUACUCGAACAAGAUGAAAAAUCUCAAGAUAAUUUUAUAAUCAAUGUUGGUGCACUACCAGCCGGUAAAGAAUGUCAUAUCUCUAUAUCGUAUGUCACCGAAUUGGAUCUUAUUCAAAAUGGAAGCCGAAUUCGAUUUGUUGUUCCAACAACUAUCGCACCUCGCUACAAUCCAAACAAAGGUGGUAUUAGUUCACCGGCUGGUACCACAUCUAAAUAUGUUCAAACAGCUCCAUAUACAAUUGAAUUUCGUUGUCGAGUGGAGAAAGCCAACGUUUCUCGAGUUAGUUCAACAUCUCAUCCUAUUCAAGUUGAAUUCGCUCAAGAGAAUGUCUAUGUCAUCGAAUUUGCCCAACAAAACACACAUCUAGAUCGAGAUAUCUUACUAGAUAUUGAAUUAGUUAGCAAUCAUUCGAAUACUAUUGUUGCUGUGGAACAAGGUGCUGUUAUGGCUUCAUUUACACCAACUAAAGAAGAUUGUCAACGUACAAUGAAUAAUGUAGAGACGACAAAUGAAUUUAUUUUUAUUAUCGAUUGCAGUGGAUCGAUGAGAGACGAGAACAAAAUUGGAUUGGCACGUCAAGCCAUGUUACUCUUUCUCAAGAGCCUUCCAGUUAAUUGUCAUUUUAAUAUCAUUCGAUUUGGAUCAACUCAUCAGGCAUUAUUCCACGAGAUUACCGCUAUUUACAAUGAACAAAAUGCUCAAAAAGCUGAACAACUCACCAAGAACAUGCAGGCAGAUUUAGGUGGUACUGAAUUGUUAAAACCACUUCAAUGGGUAGAACAGCAUCCUCCAGGACAAGGUCGCGCACGACAAAUAUUUCUGUUGACUGAUGGAGAAAUUUCAAAUGUGAACGAAGUACUUGAUCUGUGUCGUUCAAUGGCUACUUCGACACGGAUCUUUUCAUUUGGUUUGGGUCAUUCACCAAGUCGUUCACUAGUCAAAGGUCUUGCCCGAACAACAAAUGGACGUUUUGUUUUUAUUCCACCUAACAGUAGUGUUGACGUUCAUGUUGGCGAACAAUUACAAAAAGCUCUACAAUCUUGUAUAACCAAUAUACAAGUGAAAUGGAAUCUUGGUACUAAUGUUAUGAGUGCACCAACAAAAAUGCCACCAGUCUAUGCUAAUGAUCGUCUGAUUGCUUAUGCACUUGCCAAUGAUCCAAUGUUUGUCUUCAAUCACAAUUCGAGUGUCGAAUUAUGUAACGAUAAAAGUCGAUUAGGUGAAGCAAAAAUUGAUCGCAUACCAAAUAUGAGCAUGAAUGGAACUAUUGCUCGACUCGCUGCCAAAGCACUUAUUCUUGAAUUGCAACAUUCGAAGCUACCAUCCUCGAUCACGAAGAAUAAUAUAGGUUCACUACAACAUCGAUUCCAAGAAGAUCGUCCAUCGCCAACACCAGUAACGACAACCGAUGAGAAAGAAGUGACAAAGAAAUCUAUUAUUGAACUUUCACUCAAGUAUCAGAUUUUGAGUCCACAUACUGCUUUUAUUGGUAUUGAAAAACGAGUGAAUGGCAGCAAUGCCGAUAUGAUCUUACGUGAAGUACCAAUUCAAAUAUCGGCCGAUGAUCAACACUUACAGGCACCUCAUCCGGUGCGAUCCUCGAAAGAUAAGAUGGUAUGUUCCGUUGAUGCAUCAAUCCCUUUAGUAAAUUUAAUUGAAGAAUGUGCUUAUGAAACAAGUGAAUGUCUUGAUCUUAAUCUAGACUAUAGCAAAUCAUCGUCGAGCUCUGGCAGCAGUAUUCGUCCUAGCAUUACUUCAAGCCUACUAGACUCCUUUGAUGUAGAAAAAGAUGAAACCUGGCCUACAGGCGAUCAAAAUAUUGUUCGCUACUUAAUCAACAAACAAAAAUUUGAUGGUUUAUGGGAUUUAGAUGCGAAAGAUAUAGAACAAUUGACUGGAAAACCAUUGACAAACUUUCCACAAUCCUAUAAUAAACAAAUUCUCAUUUCGGCUAUUGUUAUUGUCGCACUUGAAACGCGUUUCGUCACAAUGUCGACAAUGUGGUAUGGUGUGGUACAAAAAGCUCGCAAACGUCUUCUCGAUUUACUCGGUCAAGACGCUAAACAACUUGAAUCAUUACUGGAGAACAUUCGUCAACAAUUUUAA